CUGCUUCGAAGAUAACUGAAUCCAUGCAGCUGUUAAAAUACCUCCAGAAACGAGUUCUAAGUCUUCAAGUGGUUCUUACUGGCUCAUAAAAGAGGGGGCUUCCGGAUUAUAAUUCUGCGGAUUACCGAGUGGUUUGUUGUAUUAUCGUGAUGGCUUGUAGACACAGUCAUGAUAGUCACAUAUUUAAGACAUCAUCAGCUUUGGAAUAUAUUUCAAACAAUCUUUACAGCCAUAAUUGUCUGGAAUGUUUAACUUCAGUGAUUUCUGAUAGAUCUCUUCAGUCUGACAUCCGUGAUGAAUUCAUUAAGAAAUUUCUGAGGUGUUUUGAGAGUUCCAGAGUUGAGUGUGUAUCUGUCAUUUGCAGCAUCACGGUGUUGGAAGAGGCAAUACUGAAAAUACUAGGUAUUUUAAGACUGCCUGUAAUGUCUGACUUACUUGUUAUCGUAGAAAUACAUCCUGGAAAUUACUGGGUCGCGUCAGCUUUACAAAAUCUGUUUUGCCUUACCAGUCCAAAUACGAAAAUCAAAUUCCUCAAGUACAUUUAUUACCAGAUCAUACUGCUAUUCGACAAAGGCCUUGAGUACACUUAUAGCCUGAAACUAUUUUGCACCUUAUUGGAUGACUUGGCAGUUUCAAACCCGCAGUUUACAAACGCUGUUAUGGAUCCCAUUUUAGUCCUACUUAAGGUUAUGUUCACUUCUCUGAAUGCCACCACCGUGUGUUGUCUUGACUGCCUUCUGACAUAUUUGCCAAGGAAGUGCUUGAGGUCAGUAAAACCAUAUUUUCAGAAAGUUGUGGGGACCAUCUUACACAAAAAGGACAUUAAUGUUGUGGAGAUAGGACUAGAUUGCCUGAUGAAACUUUGUCUUUGCAAUCGAAGCUUUGCUGACAUUUGCACGUACAAAGAACUCCCGGUUGUUUUACGGGCUCUUCUCAACUCUCACAAUGAACUUAUUAAAGAAACUACCAUCAAGUUUAUCGAACUCCUGCUCCAUGAAUUUGGUAAAAUUGCAGCUAAAUUAAUUUGUAAUUCUGGAAUUGUUGAACUUUUGUUCGAUGAUAUUUCUUUAAAAAAACCCUACUGCAAUAAUAUCUUAAAAUGCUUGGAGAGUAUAGGUCCAGAUGCAGAACUCUUUUCGUCUAAUUUUAUACCCCAUGGAAUUUUCCAAAUUAUCACGACCCUGAGUUCAGCUCAAGAAUACAGGAGUAACGUUAUCUUACGACUCAUUAACCUUAUAAAUACUUUUGUCAUAUAUUACAAUGGUGCUGUAGACUUAUUCAUGUCACCUUCAACUUUUAAACAGCUGUUGCUGGUUAUGACAAGCAUCUUAGAAAACUGUGAAACGCAAACAGGAAUCUUGGGAAUAACUUGUAUUACUAAUAUUUUCAAGUAUGAAAGACAAACAAACGAUAUGCCGUUUGAAGAGCUGAGGAACUUCUUAAAGUCGGCUGGAUGUUUUUCGCAAAGCUGUAGUCAAAAUGUGAAAAAGGCACUGAGUGAGGUUAAUGACGAAGGCAAACUUAGGAUAGAAGCAGGAAACGAAUUCCCUUCUUUUCUUUUAUUAACUACGGUGCUAAGUUUAUUGCAACAUUUACAGAACUACCUAUAUUCCUGGAAGAAGAUUCAACUGAAACUCCCAGGAUGCUUUCCUGAAAUUGAACUCACUCUAUCGUACAUAUUUUUCUCCGUAGUAAUGACCACUGUUCUCCAUUCAAGCACAAAACAUGCUACUGUUGAAGUGAUAUAUACUGUUAUGGAAUUGACAGCGAUGUACGCUUAUGGCAUAUGUUCGGAUGUCGUGGUUGCUGAAGUCAAUAAAAUUUGCGGAGGAACGUACGGCCAUUUUGAAAACUUCAGAAAUUGUAUCUCAAACGUUUUAAAGGAUAAGAUUCGUAGAAGUUUCCGUUUACUGCUACCAUUUGUUUACAAGGUUUGCUUUUUGACUAAUGGAGAGGAAUUUUCCUUCUCUUUACGCUCUUCAAAGUUGAUCAGUCACGACCAUUCUGUUUCAUACACUUCAAAAGAAAUUCUACUAACUAUGAUAACGAUCAGCUCGAGCACAUUCAGUAACAUCGAACUGUCAUCAGAUAACACGAAGAGCCUCACUAGUUUCCUGAGACAGGAUGACUUGAUGAUGUGGAUAACCCUACUACUUCAUGGAUUCAAAUACUUUGAAGACAAUUAGCUUUGUUGGUACGUUUAGUGUGGGUGUUCCUUCAGUGGUCAAGGGAUGGACCGGUUAGCAAUCUAGGU